UCUUUGUGCCGGUGAAGAGUGCCAGUGGUUGGUCGCGAGUCGGUCGCGUGGACGCGGAACGCGCGUGUGUGUCGAAACCAUGAGCCUGUCAAUUACGGUACUUCUGCUGGUGGCGAUCGUGGUGGUGCAAUGUUUUGCAGGAAUUCCCCGCACAUAUGAUAUUCGGACCGAAGAAGAACGAUAUGGUCAGUAUGAGCGGGUACUGCUGGGACUGUCUACAUCUGAAGGACUCAGCGUGGAUAGCAAGCUGCUGGCGAAGGUGCGGGAGGUACUGUUUGAGGAUGAAGCUAGUCAAUCGACGGAACCAGGAAAAAGAGUCGUUGCGGUACAAUUAGAACCGCCUAAGCAGUCCCGGGAAAUAGCACAGUUACUGUAUAAGAAUAGACGUAAAUAUUAG